UCUCAACGCCUUUGCGCGAGCUGGCUCGUAGCGGCGGAAGCAACAGCGGCGCCGCCACUCGUUAGCUUGUCGCUGUGUGGCGUUUUGAGCUUUAUUCCGUUGGCGUGUGAUAAAAAUACGUUAGUAAUCAAUUGCAAGCCCAACUGCCAAGACACGGAAUUAAGACGCGCCUUUGCCGUUGUCGCCGUCGCUUUAGAGUCGCUUUUAAAAAUUGUUGAUAUAGUCGCUUACAUACAUAUAUGUAUACUCUUAAUCAUAGAAAAUCAUAGAAAAUCAACGAACAUAUAGAAAAAAGCAUCACUAUUUUUUCGCGUUUAUGAAAAUUUAAAAUCUUUGAAGUGUGUUCAAAAAAAAUAAAAAAAUACAACAAAAACAAUAAGACUAAACAUUUUUUAUGCAACAAUAAACAAACGAAACAAUUUACCGCACGUGCACCUGUUGCUGAGAGGAUAUUUCGCUGUUAUUUUUGAAUUUUUUGGAAUCGUUGCCAAAUUUCGCUGUAGAACGAUCGAUCGACCAACCCAGCCAACCAAGGCGUUUAACGCUAAAAUUUAUCUAUUUUAGUCAACGCAAACGCUUCGUAGUGCACGUACAGUGGCCCUGGACACGCUGACUAACUGAUUGCAGUCAACCAUCAACGCCAAUAAAGCACAAAUUUACCCACACACACACACCCACACACACACAUUAUGAGGCAACAACAGUUAUUUGCAAUCGCCGCCUGCCUAUGCAGCGCCGCAGUAGUGCUCGUAUCCGCUGUGCCCGUACCUGCCGACAACCAGGAAUUAGAUGUGCUACAGAUUCCACUUUCAGAUGACAAGGAACUAGACGUUUUGACGCUUGGUGCCAAAGGUCAGGAACAAAUAAUCGCCGAUCGAAAUAAACGAACGAUUGGUCUUCUGCGCGAACUGUUUCCCGACAUUACAAAGCAAAUCGACGACAUAGUUAAUCGCAUUAUAGGCCAGGUAAUACGUGUUGCCGGUCCCAGUCUGCUACCGGCGCUGCUCGGCAACAAUCGACCCACCACCGAGCGUUCAGACUUCGAUGCUGAUUUCGACGACGAUGAUGACUCAAGUAACGAUGUUAAUUCUCAGGAGAAAAAUAGUGUUUUCAGCAAAAGUGAUGCUGCUACAUCGGCGCCCAGCGACAGCAGUGAUACUGGUGGCACGCGUGUAAGCAUCGUCUUGCCAACAUUCGCGCCAGCGAAUGAAUCAUCUUCGGAUGCAGCAAAUAAAGUGAGUUUCGCGCAAGGCGCUGAAGAAGCAACAACUAGUGUUGCAACGUCAACAUCAACAUCAACAUCAACAACAGCAGCAACAGCGACAACGACAACGACAACUAGCACAAUAUCGACGCCUGUCAUCACAAGCACAACGGUGACAACAAUCAGUCCUCAGCCAAUAACUCCAUUGACAAUUGCCACUACCAGUCGGCCCAUUGAAAUAUUCACCACUCCAAAUCCAACUACCGUCGCGGCUAGUCCACCACAAACUACUACCAACGUUCCCACGCCUGCACCAACAACCCUUUCACCAGUCACAUUGCCCACCACUACCAUUAAUUCCAUAUUAGUUAUACCUAGAAAUAAAGGUAAAAGUUCGAGUAGCACUAAUGCCAAUAGGGGCAACACAAAUAUACCUAAUUUAGCCACAACACCGCCCACAAUUGAAGCUGACACAGAAAGUUCCUACACCACCACUACCACCACAUCCACACCCUCAACACCCUCGACUAUCCCAAUUACCACCACUGCCACAUCAAUACAAUAUCCCACCAAACCAACCACAACAAAAGAAAUUGUUGCCGGCGAUACACUACCAACACCAACAAUACCAGCCACCUAUUUGGGCACAUUUGAUGGCGCAGUAGACGGCAAGCCAAAUAUUAUACGAGUACGAAAUCCAUUCACACUACCAACUCCAACUCCAACUCCACCUCCACAAUCCUUACCACCAACACCAACACAACAACAACCACUAGAAACUCAAACCACCACCACCACGUUGCCGUUUGCUGUUGAUGUUGAUCGAUCACAGCUUGUUGCUUUAGUCGACAAUAUAAAUCGUUUAUUGAAUUCACCAAAUCUUCUUAUUACUAAUAGAAAUAAUGCAAAUACAACACCAGCAACAACAACAAAUACAAUUACAACAACGCCUUCAAUAGCAGUUUCAACACAAUCGACGGAGUUAAAUACAACUAUAAAAAUUACAAAACUCCUACCUGUGGCUAAUUAAUUGGGAAAAAAUUGUCAAAAAAAAAAAAUUAUGUACAUAUAGAAACAGUAAAUAAAUAGCAACAAUUAUUAAGUACUACAAGCAUUACAACCGAAACAGCAACAAGCGAUAACAACUAUUUAGUACAAUGCCAGCAAAAACAAAAAACAAAAAAAAUAAAGCGAACUGGAAAUUUCCAUUAAGUAAUCGGCUAAGAGCAUUUAUGUAUGUAGUAACAACAAUAACUUUUCAUUCACACAAAAACAGCAACAGCAGCAACAACGAGUAUAUAAAAAGCCACCAAGUAAUCAGCAGCAAAACGUACAAUAUGUAGAAACAUAUGUAUUUAUGUAUACCAACAUUCGAAUGCAUUAGCUUGUACGAUCAGACCGCAAUUCACCACGUUCGCCAUUUACUACAACUCACAAAAUAUCGUUUUAAAAUAAUACAUAUGUAUGUAUGUACUUAUACAAGUAUGUAUUACCUUAUCUACAUAUAAAUACGUUCGUUGUGCGUGGUUUUUCACAUAUUCACCACAUCUGCAACAAAGCACCAACAACAGCAACUCAUUUUGUGCAUUAAUGAGUACUUAAUUUGGUCGUUUUUCACUAUGUUGCUAUUGUCGCAUCUCAUGGUGUAUUUCCGUUUCCAUUGUUAUCGCAGACGUUCGUUAUCUACAUUGUGUUUACCGAGUAAUCACUUAAUUCACUCCUUUGUACUAUGUCGAUUUUAACAAUUUUCAUCUGUUGUUUAUUAUUGUUGGUUAUUGAACUCAGUCUCUCCACUCCCCGAGGCCCCUGUGCUCACUCUCAUCGUAGUGUUUUUGUGAAUCUUUCUAAAUAUUUAUUUUUUGUGCGCAUAUUCAGAGUACUGUCAUCUGGUAAUUAAUUCAUCCCAUUGAAAACUAAUUUGUGUGAACCAUAUCUACAUAAUAUGUAUAUAUAAAAAUUAUUAACCAUGUGCUGCAAAACUUUUAAAACCACUGCAAAUAAUAAAGUUAUGUGUAUGCGAGAAUAAAAACAUUUUACUUUUAGCUUGACCGUUUGAAAUCAGAGCGAAUAAUAGCGCUGUCAGAAUUGGUACGUCACUCAGGAUUAAACUGACACUUCAGGAGUAUGUAAAUAAUGUAUGCAAUGACGUAUGUAAAUAAGGGCGACAGCUGAUUUUCGUUAACAUACGCAACAACUUCAUUGUGGCGUCUCUCUAUGUUCCAUAUGCCACUCCCUUCACAUACUUCCGGCAUUGACGUUAAGUACCCAUUCUGAUGGUGCUAUAACUCGUACAACAUAUUUUAUAUAUAUAAAAAAAGCAUCCUAUUGUGUAAUCUUUUUAUGUAUACCCUAGAACUAAAAAAGCACGUAAGACUCGAAACUUUAAUUAAAAUGGCAAAAUUUUAAUAAAACUCAUUUUCGAGUCUAAGAUUUCGUUUUCGUAUACAAAAAAAUGGGUUUCUGACAUUAAAAUGUUUCUGACUUUUGUAAUUCGUAGGAUAAAUACAUUAGAGGUAGGAUUUUUUUCGGUAUUAAAGGAUUAGGUAUGGUCAAAAAUUUUGCA